AGCAAAUUGACUGCAAUUAAACCGACCCCAAGUCAGUACGUACAAAGGGCAGUACACAGGAAGUCAAACUUAUAACAGCUGCGAUAACAGUUGUGGGCAUAAACCACAUAGGUUACAGGCUGAAAAAGAGAACAGCGGGCCGCUUUUUUUCUGGCCAGUUCGCCAGCUAGCUCGUAGCGAUGGACAAGCUUCGUCGUGUGCUAAGCGGCCGAGAGGACAACGAGGAACUGGGUCUCACUGCACAGGUCCUUGAUGCCAGCACUCUCAGCUACAGCACCAGGGUGAAAUGGUUCGUCAUCUGCUUUGCUGCAGGCAUCCUGUGUUCAAUACUUGGCACAGCACUGCUGUUCCUUCCAAGUGGCUUGAAGCUCUUUGCAGUCUUUUACACACUAGGGAAUAUUGCAGCUCUUGCCAGCACCUGCUUCCUAAUGGGACCACUAAAACAGCUGAAGCGCAUGUUUGAACCAACACGACUGAUAGCAACCAUUGUUAUGCUGCUCUGCCUGGUCUUAACGCUUUGUUCAGUGUUUUGGUGGGGUAAAAAGGGACUGGCCAUAAUCUUCUGUAUUCUGCAGUUUCUGGCAAUGACGUGGUAUAGCAUCUCUUACAUUCCAUUUGCCAGGGAUGCUGUGAUCAAGUGCUUCACGACCUGUCUGAGUUAGGACUCCAAAGUCUACAGUUUCCUAUCAAGACUGGUCCUAAUAUGCAAACUGCGAACAAGAGGCUUUGUAAAAUAUACAUGAUAUUGUAUAUACACUAUAUUUCCAAAUUUUUAUUGUGGCUUUCAUACUGUGAAGUCUUGCUUUUUAAGUGUAGCUAAAGGUCUAUAACUAUCACCAGAUAAUAGGUAUCAGUCUUUUGCUUUUGACAUGAGUAAUGGGUGCCUUUAAUGGUUAAUAUAUUUAAAAAUAUUCCUGAAUUUUCUGAGUGUAUUUAUGCCAUUCAAGUGCAGAAACUGAUGUUGAGUCUGGUAUGUGGUCAAAUACAACAAAAGUGCCUUCUGAUUAUAUGCAGCAGGAAGAAACCAGUUCAAAUAUAAGUCAGGUUCUAUAUUUGCAUUUUGAGCAGUAUACAAAUUAAUUGUCAUCUGGCUUCCUACAUGCAAACGUUGUCAGAGCAUUAUCUCUCUCUGUUGUGCGUGCGUGUGUGUGUGAUGUGCAAAGAGGCUCUGAGAUGCUGUUCCAUGUUGAUGUUUUCCCCUUGGCAAUUGUGUCACUGCUUCACUGAUAAUGCCUGAAAUAUGAUUUUUUUUUUUCUACAGCUAAACAGAAUUUAAAAAGCACUCAAUCUUCAGUGUAUCAUGUGAAAUCAUGUUAAAAAUGCUUCUCCUUUUUAGGUUGAUUUCCUGCCAGAUGUAGCAGUGACCCAGUUAAUUACACUUUUCUGAGCAUUGUGAUUUUUACGUGACCUAAUAACCCAAUGUAGCUGGCAUCACGUUCCUCUAUACCGCUUCAGCGUGAUGUUGUAGCCUUUGAGGAUGUGGUUGUCAUGACAACCUCCGCCAGAACACUCAUAACCUUUUCCUACCCCCAUUUGUGGUGCAGAUGUUCACAUCCAACUAACAAAGGUGUUUCUGCUUUUUUAGAGCUCCUUGGGCCAGCAGUCAGCCUUGAUUCCUUUGCAUUUUUUGAAUUUAAACUAAAAUGCGUUUUACUACGUAAUAAGAGCACAGCUCAAGUUUUUUUUUCUUUUCUUAAUUGCUUUAUCAGAUUAAAUAAUUUCUUUUCUUUUCUUGCUGCGCUUAUGGGGUUUUUUUGGGGGGGGGGUAGACACUUGUAUUUUUGUGGGAUUACCAUGGGCAAAAUCUCCCCUCAGUACUUAUUGUUCAUCUAACUUGACAGAGACCCAGCAAAUCCCUCUUGAAGUAAUCUUGGGGGGAUAAAAUAAUUCUUUGAAAUGAGAGUUUGUCGUCUUUGUGUUUUCUGAUUGGUUUUCCAUAGCAGCCAUUUUUGGAUUACACCAAAGUUUGAAGAUGAAGGGGAAGAACCCUGACCCCAGCAAUCUGUUAGCGUCCCAACUGUUUCCCCUUCAGUACAUUUAAUCUGUUGUUAUGUCAGAGAGAACGGGGAUCAUGCCUCAUCAAGCACUGAAAUUAAACAAGUCUGUGUGUCUUCUUCAGCUUAAUGAUCGAAGUCUUCUUGCAGAGAUGAAUAAAUAACUUGGCCUGUGUUGUGGUGGGAGCUGCUGUCCCAGUUAUUGAUUCUAAGUGUCUGAAGACUGUUAAUUUUCAAAAAGCAUUAAACACACAUGCAUUUUAUUUCCCCAUCCCCAGAGCAACUGCAUCUGAUGCAUGACUUAAAGCCAAGAUGUUUCACGAACCGUAAAAUAUGCAGGCAAUAUAAAAUCGUUUAAUAACUACAGAUUAGCAAAAGGGCUCAUUGAUUUCUGCCUGGCAGAAAGUGCAGAUAGAAGCAAAGGAGGACAAAGAAAAAUCAAUAUUGCAGAUUAUUUGUGUAUCCUAUGAGAUGCUAUUUCAUAGUCUACAUGGCUGGAGUAACAAAAGUGACCGUCGAUACACAUCAGAUAAUUGACAUUUGAGAUCAUAUUGACUGAAAGGAUACAAUGAAACUGCAUGCCAUUGUGCCUGUGACAUGUUCAAGGACACACUGAUCUGAGCACCAAGGACUAAACUCAUGAUUAUGACCAUAAGUUCUCUUUCUUUUCAUCCAAGUAUGUUUUGGCAGUGCAAAUAAAUCACAGAGUAUUGAUACUUUUGAAGUUGUCGAACUUUUUGAGUUUUGUAUUUCGAAUAAAGACGUUAU